AUGGAUGAAAUGGACCACGACCUGAAGCCCAGCAUGACCAAGCACUGCUUUGUCACCGUUGGAGCGACCGCUUCGUUCACGCAGUUGUUGACCCACGUUGCGACUGAUGAUUUCAUCCAGGCCCUGCGACUGCACAACUAUACCCACUUGACUAUCCAGUAUGGUCCGGACCUGGUUUAUGUCUCCGAAUUCAUUGACCGCCACCAGACCGCCACUGCAAGCAAUGGUGUCAUCAAAGUCAAUGGCUUCGAUUUCAAAACGGAGGGCCUGGCUCAGGACAUGGGCAUGGCCAAACCCUGCCCUGCUGAGAACCGAGUCGGUGGGAUGAUUCUGACGCACGCUGGUACUGGCAGCAUCCUCGAAGCUCUGCGACUGGGUGUGCCUCUGGUUGUGGUUCCAAACCCAGACCUCCAGGACAAUCACCAAAUGGAACUGGCCCGUGAGAUGCACCGACAGGGGUAUGUCGUUGCUGCUGCUGCCGAGGAAUUGUGUCCAGCUGUCCGCAAGGCCGAGGAUCUCCGACUUCGCCGCCCUGGCUGGCCACCAGUUGAAAAUGGCCGUGGUCCGCGACCUUAUAUCCGCGAAUCCUUGAACGACGAGUUGGGAUUCCUGGACUAA